AUGCUUAGGAGCAGCACUAGCGUUGCUGUUGUUUCUCACACUCAAAGAUUAUGCUCACAUUCACUUCCCACAAAUUAUACAUCAUUUUUCUCUCCUCGUAACCCUUUACUCUCCAAUUCUGCGUUUCUCAAAUGGAAAACAAACAUUGCUAGUUCCAAUAACAAUCGAUUCAGAAUGGCAGCAACCAAAGCAUUGGCUCAACCGCUUCAGAAUGCUGAUGAGCUCAUUGAUUCCGUAGAGACUUUUAUUUUCGACUGUGACGGAGUUAUAUGGAAAGGUGACAGUUUAAUUGAAGGAGUGCCUGAAACGUUGGACAUGCUUCGGGCAAAGGGAAAAAGAUUGGUUUUUGUCACCAACAACUCAACUAAGUCUAGGAAACAAUAUGGAAAGAAGUUUGAAACACUUGGCCUGAAUGUUAACGAGGAGGAGAUUUUUGCAUCGUCUUUUGCAGUUCCUGCGUAUUUGAAAUCCAUUGAUUUUCCAAAAGAUAAAAAGGUUUAUGUCAUUGGAGAAGAUGGCAUCUUGAAAGAGCUUGAGCUUGCUGGAUAUAAGUAUGUUGGUGGGCCGGAAGAUGGCGGGAAAAAGAUCGAGCUUAAGCCAGGGUUCUUGAUGGAGCACGAUGAAGAUGUUGGAGCAGUUGUUGUGGGGUUCGAUCGCUAUUUCAACUACUAUAAAAUCCAGUAUGGAACUCUCUGUAUACGGGAAAACCCUGGAUGUCUUUUUAUUGCUACAAAUAGAGAUGCUGUUACUCAUCUCACAGAUGCUCAAGAAUGGGCAGGUGGGGGCUCUAUGGUUGGUGCUCUUGUUGGAUCCACUCAACGCGAACCACUAGUUGUUGGAAAACCCUCUACUUUCAUGAUGGACUACUUAGCAAACAAAUUUGGCAUUUCAAAGUCACAAAUAUGCAUGGUUGGGGACAGAUUAGACACCGACAUAUUAUUUGGUCAAAAUGGUGGCUGCAAAACUCUUCUUGUCCUCUCAGGAGUCACCACAACGGCUAUGCUUCAGAGUCCAAACAACGCCAUUCAACCAGACUUUUACACCAACAAAAUUUCAGAUUUUCUUUCCCUAAAAGCUGCAGCUGUAUAA